AGGAGACUGUUGGUCACAGGCUGCUUGCUGAACCUUACGCCAAUCUUCUCACUGAAGUUAGGGAUAUGUCAAACUCCUCUGUCCAGAAUGCCUUUCGGUCAUCCAGUGGUCACAAAGAAUCCUCCUCGUUGAGUGUUAACGUCCAAUCAACAUGCAGCCCACUACAAGUGCUCCCCGAGACUGUUGCGAGGGAGGAUGUGUCUGCUGUAUUACGCUCACACAUUGAGUGGGAUGCUGGUCCAAGAACCCGUGCCAUUGAACUAUUGCAGCAUCUACCUCAGUUCAUUCCAUCCGGACAAGACACCCUACCUGCCUACACUGAAAAAGAACUCCGCGACAGACAGUUGGAAGACAGAACUCUCUCUCAUGUUCUGCACUAUGUUGAGAGGCGGAGGAGGCCCUCUAGGAGAGAAAGAUUUAAAGAAUCUGUUUCUGUAACAAAAUAUUUAAAGCACUGGGACAAGCUAACUGUACGAAACGGUGUGCUAUACAGGAUUUCUCGGGACCAGAAAACCAAGGCGAAGAGAUUCCAAUACAUUGUCCCUGACUCACUCAAAACCGAGGUGCUUCACGGGGUUCAUGACCGAGCAGGUCAUCAGGCUCAGUUCAGGAGCCUCAGCUUAACGAGGCAGAGAUUUUUCUGGUUGAAUCUGGACAGGGAUGUCAGAGAACAUGUUCGACAUUGUCAGCGAUGUAUUGUCAGCAAGUCCAUCGAGCCUGAAGGUAGAGCUCCAUUGGAGACUAUAACAUCAACCAGGCCGCUCGAACUUGUAUGUAUUGAUUUUUGGUCUGCUGAAGACUCCAGAAACAGAUCUGUCGACGUCUUAGUAAUUACUGACCAUUUUACAAGAAUGGCUCAAGCAUUUCCAUGCAGAGACCAAACAGCUAAACAGGUGGCGAGGGUUCUCUGGGACCGUUAUUUCUGUGUCUUUGGCUUUCCUGAGAGGAUUCAUAGCGACCAAGGGGCUAACUUUGAAAGUCAGCUGAUAAGUGAGCUCCUCAGGGUUUCAGGUGUCAAAAAGUCCCAUACUACCCCAUAUCAUCCAAUGGGGAACGGGAGCGCGGAGCGGUUCAAUCGAACCUUGGGUGGCAUGAUCCGGGCAUUGUCCCCUGAAGAGAAAGCUGACUGGCCAAGACGGUUGCAGACACUAGCCUUUAUGUAUAACUGUGCAGUCCAUGAGACAACAGGCUAUCCCCCCUUUUACCUCAUGUUUGGUCGGGUUCCUCGCCUGCCUGUCGAUGUCCUCUUCCAUGCCGUCCUUGAUGACUCUGCCGUGGGGAACUAUGACAAGUAUGUGGCAUGCCUCGCCAGCGACCUGAAGGAGGCGAUGAUGAUUGCUCAGGACCAUGCUUCCAAAGAGCAGAGCAGACAUGCUCAGUUGUACAACAGGAGGGUUAAGGGUACCAGCAUUACUGUCGGUGACAGAGUACUCCUAGCCAACAAAAAAGAGAGGGGCAAGAGGAAGCUCGCCGACCGGUGGGAAUCAACCAUUUACACCGUGACGGAUGUUAACCCAGCAACACAUACUUACAGGAUCUGUGACACAGUCACUGGACAGGAGAAGGUGGUUCACAGGAACCUGCUCAUGCUGGUCAGCUUCCUCCCUGUGGAUCCCACUUGUGAUGUAUCUGACUCUGCUUCACUGUCUGCUAAUGCCUCUUCAGCCACUGAAUCCGACGACAUUGGAGGAGAUGGAGGAGUCUUGGAUGAGAGUGACAAAAGGACUCUUCAUGAAGCAAGUGUGAGCUGUGAUCGUGGCAGUAUUGGGGACUCGCCUGAAGUUGUGGAAGAGGAAGAGAACCCUUUAUCUGAUUCGGAACCUGUGGAUUCUGAGAGGAGAACCAUUGAAUGGAUAACACAGCUGUCUGCACCCAAUUCAUCAGUUGGGGAUGUUGCUGACUUACUGAGCAUGACCUCUGACCUCAAACACUGCUCAAUAUUACCUGAGAGCCACACGACUGUUCGAUCUGUGGGUGGCAACUCUGCCCCGGUGUCUGUGACUGACAUCCCAGCAGGUGUGAGAAGACCUGACCCCGCUCUUAGUGUUGUGGCUCACACAGACGAUGCUCCAGACAUUCUGCAUACUGUUGAUCACACCUCAGCUAUGCACUGUGAUGGAUGUACUACACAGACGCAGGUCAGGUCCAGAUUCGGCCGCCUAGUCAAACCAGUGACCAGGCUCAUACAAACUAUGUCCAGGCAGGAUGUUGUUCAGAACAAGUUCGAUGUUAAAGCUGCCUGCAAAUCUAUGUUCCAGGCUUUUACUGAUUAAUUUCUUAACCAACUGACCUAUAAUCUUUCUGGGUCUGCCAUUUUUGUUUGGAUGAGAUGUUAAAAUGUUUUCAUUCUGUACUGUGUAAUGGGUACUGUGAAUGCACUAUGCUAUAUGUUGGGGUCUUGUGGGGUGUACAAGGCACCCUGUAGACAGUUGCUGGAUUGAGGGAUAGGCGCUGCCCUCAUACCACUUCAUCCUUAUGGGAUACAUUAGUUGUCUGUGUUUCUAUUGUCAACCCCAGGUAAUCUGUGGACUCGCAUUGUCUUCGAUGAUGUAUGCUGUGUGGUUGGUGCUCAUGUUCGAUAAAAUUCAGUGGGGGUGAGUGUAACAGAGUUAAAAAUGAACUUCAUUAAUUAUUAUUUCUAAUUCAUGUUAUGUUGAGUAUUUGUGAAUUUUAUCUCACUGGGCUGUUUUUAAUUUGUCAUUGUUUUAUUGAUUUAGCUUGUGGGUAAUGCCUUCCUGCACUCUGCCUCGUUUGUGUCUCCUGGGCUUCCUUAGCCCUCCCUAGCGUGUGUAGCUUCCCCCCUCCCCCUUCCCCUCACAGUGUUGUUCUGCGCUGCUGAGGGAGCAGAGUGCAUGGAAAAAGGCAGACAGAAG